UGAUAGUUGUGUUUGCUUUCUUUGACCCUUCUUCCCUUUCGACAUUCAGAUAUUCAGAAUCAAAACGGCAUUCGCUUCCAGCGAAAACACAAUGAUAUAUGUUCUCGUGUCCUUCUCAGGACAUGUGCAACCAGGAAGUAAGACAUGUACUCUCGGUUAGUCCUCGAUCCGUUGUGUGGGCUGUUUGAGUGUUUGAUAUUAGGACUCUGAAUCAGAAAGGACAUUUUUCUGUACCUGAUCGUGUCAUGAUGAUUGAUGACUUUGAGGCUCGUUGUGGCUGAUCACGAGGGGUUACAUGAAUGUCCUGCUGUUAUGACAUGUACUUGCUAUACUCAGGAUGAGUAAAGAACUGGAGGAGCUCUCUCCCCUGGGUGAUUCGAUUCAUGGUGAUGGGUCUGAGGAGGAAACAGAGGAGGAUGACGAGCCCAAAAUUUGCCAAGUAUGUGGUGACAAAUCCACAGGCUACCACUUUAACGCCAUGACCUGUGAGGGCUGCAAAGGCUUCUUCAGGCGUGCCAUGAAGCGACCAACACAGUACUGCUGCCCGUUUCGUAACGUCUGUGUCAUCACCAAGAGCAACAGGAGGCAGUGCCAGUCAUGUCGUCUCCAGAAAUGCCUUUCAAUUGGAAUGAAAAGAGAGUUGAUUAUGUCAGAUGAAGCUGUGAAGAAACGGAGGAUACAGAUUAGGAGAAAAAGGAUGCAGGAGGAGCCCGUAACACUCUCCCCACAACAGGAAGCUGUCAUCCAGGAGCUCCUUGCUGCACAUCAAAAGACCUUUGAUAUGACCUGUGCCAAUUUCACUCAGUUCCGGCCUCUAGAUCGGGAUCAGAAAGCCAUCUCUGAGUGGAAUCAAGAACCAGACAGCAGCAAAUACUCCCAUCAAAUCAUGUGUAAAGUGUCUGAAGAUACAAUGCAUAUGGCCAUCAGCUUCACCUCCUGCUCGUCCACUUCAUCCAACUCAAAGCAACCUGAGAAUAAUGAAAGGAAGCAGCUUAACAACAUCAUCUUAACCUCUCUGCCACAUUUUACAGACCUCACCACAUACUUGAUCAAGAACGUCAUCAACUUUGGCAAGACGCUUUCAAUGUUCAGGGGUCUGAUUAUUGAGGACCAGAUCUCUCUGCUGAAAGGUGCGACCUUUGAGAUCAUUCUAAUUCACUUCAACAUGUUCUUUAAUGAGAAAACAGGCAUUUGGGAGUGCGGCCCGCUGCAGUACUGCAUGGAUGACGCCAUGCGAGCUGGUUUUCAGCGCCAUCUGCUGGACCCUAUGAAGAAUUUCCAUUACACACUGCGAAAACUGCACUUGCAUGAAGAGGAGUACGUUCUGAUGCAGGCUAUCUCACUUUUCUCAGCAGAUCGCCCUGGCGUGACACAUCACAAUGUGAUUGACCGGAACCAGGAAAUACUUGCUGUCACACUGAAAACCUAUAUAGAGGCCAAAAGGACAGAGCCAGAUAAACAUCUGCUGUACCCAAAGAUCGUGGCGUGCCUGACUGAGAUGAGGAGUAUGAAUGAAGAGUACACUAAACAGGUGUUGAAAAUCCAGGACAUUCAGCCUGUGUCACCCCUUUUGUUGGAAAUUGUAAGCAAAGACAGUUAAGAUUUUACAGAGUUGAUGAGACUCUAAUUACAGGCCUUGAAAUCUUUAGCACGCUAUUAGCAGCUGUGCACAUCCGUGCUGCUUUUACCUUCAUCUGAGGAUGUUAAAGAUUGAGGAUGUUUGAGAGGGGCCUUGAGAAGCAGUUAAGGACUUUGUGCCUACUGACACUGAACUACUGAACAGCAACACAUAUGGUAUCUUGUGAAAUUGUAUUUUUAUAAUUGGUGUUUUGAAUGUGAAAGUGAAGAGUUAUAGUAAAAAAAGGACUUUCACCUGUUUUUCACCCACACCUAUUAUAUUGCUUCUAAAGACAAAGAUUUAAUCACUGGAGUCAUAUGGAUUAUUUUUAUGCUGCCUUUAUGUGAUUUCUGGACCUUAAAAGAUCUGAUCACAAUUCACUUGCAUUGUAUGGACCUACAGAUCUGAAAUAUGAAAUAUUCUUCUAAAAAUCUUUGUUUGUAUUCUGCAGAAGAAAGUAAGUCAUACACAUCUGGGAUGGCAUGAGGGUGAGUAAAUGAUGAGAAAAUUUUCAUUUUUGACAGUUCUAAGGAUCGCACAAUUUUUCCACAUUUGGCAAUUGGGGGGAUGUGCUUAAUUGUCAUGAUAACAUGAUAAUUUCAAGAUGCAAACAAUUUUAAGGUCUUAAAACAGGCUUCUUUUUCAUUAUGCAAAAUGUAUCUAUUUUCUCUUCAUUUUGGGAUGAAAUAUGACCACCAGAUGUGCUUUUGACAAGCUUUGUGGGAUUCACCCAGUGAUGUGAUUGUAUUUCUGAAGAGUUGUAGCUAGUCGUUCAUGUCUGUUGUGAAUUUCUUGUAUUAGAAAAAAACUUGCUGUAUUUUGUGUAAUGAAUGAAUGUCUAUACUUUUAAAGAAUCUCUUCUAAAGAAAUUUUAAGAGACCGCAAACUAAUGAUGAAACCCAGAACUUGUCACAAAAUGACCAUGACAAUACACUCAGGUUAUUGAUAUUUACAUCGGUUAGCGUGUGUCCCUCUCAGGAAAAUAAAGUUUAAAAUUCUACGAAACUUGGAGAAUGUGUAAUUGUUUUUAUUUCCUAACAGAAAUGCACACUAAUAUGGGCAUCAUUUAAAAUGACUGGCAACAGAAUCCCUUUUGAACAGCUUAGAGGAGUGGAAACCAAAAAAGGAGAAAUUGGACUGAAAUUCAAAUAGCAGCGUAGUGGAGCAUGUUCAGGCGGGGGAAAAUAAAGACACAUUGCAAAUGCAAAGUCAUUUCCAAGCUAUCCUACUGUUUAUUUAAUGCAAAUUACAGUACCAGGUAACUAGUCUCUGAAUCCAAGUCACACCAAGGACCAAAACGGACAUAUUUACAAGGAGAGGAGACAUUUAGCAUACCUUCACAGAAAAAGAAUAUAUUUAAAAUAAAAUAAAAUUUCAGUCACAAACAGAGUCAUUCAAGUAAUAUUAAUGGUAUACAGGUUGUAUUUUUUGUCAUUUUUCUUAUUCCAAUAAGUCUGUAUUUAGCCCACAGUCCUUAAAACAAUUUUUUGUCUUUGUUUUUUUAUUUUUAUUUUGGUAAUUAUUUUUAACCCCUGUGUCUUUACAUAUUUUACUCUAACUUUAGUCACGAGAAGUGGUCACACCAUUCGUGGAAAGCAACACAUCUAUGAAUGCAUAUCUUACAAGCAAGCUUUACACAGAGAGUGCAGGGACGAGGGAAUGAUGUGACAUCUCUACUGCGUACUGUUGGCUGGCCAACAUACUGUUCAUUGCCGAGAUAAACAAGCAAAAACACAAAGAAAUCAUUAUUGCCCCCAGGGAUAUCGCAGUUACAGUACAUCACAACACACUCGUAGUUGGUUCACUUUGGUAGUGGAACAAGUGUAAAAACAUACAUUGUGACAGUGGGAUCUGAUCUCUACUUCGUCCACACGCAAAUACAUCUUUGUGCCAAUACUUUAACAUUGUGAUCGCUACUUGAAAACAAAAUGAGAAAAAACAUCUACAGAGAUGCUAGAAAUGAGUGUGGUUUCGAAGGAAAUUAAGUGGUAGUAGUUACUAUAAAAGAACAGGAGCAUCACUUUGCCAGCACAAGAGACUUGACUUAUCAUCAGCACUUGCAGAGGGUCACAGGAAGGGAAAGGGCAUGGUCUGUCUUGAGUGAUGCAAGGAAGGGGUGUGGUCUAGGGACAGGAAGUGUAUGGAAGCAAAGGCACUCCAAACUAUACAUACCCUAUACAUUACUAGUUAUAGAUACAAUAAUAUAGCUGGCACCUACUGUACAGAUAAGAACUAUAUGGCUGGAGAAAGUUCCUUGUCUACAGUAUCCAACAAAAAGUACAUUUUUGCCCUGAUCUUUUAAAUCUGUUUUUUUUUUUUUCAUUUAAUCCCUCAUUUUUGUUUUCAUUCAUUAACAGUUCUCAGGUCAGCAUAUUUAUAUAGCAGAACACACGCAUACACACAUUCACACACACGCUCAAAAAAAUUAUACAAAAAAACCUAACAAAAAUAAAAAGUACAGAAUUUGGUGAAGAGCAACUGUGCUGUACUGUAUAAACAUGGUUUUUUGUUUGUACAUUUUUUUGUACUGUUAUACUUUGCAUAUUAAGACGUUUUAAGAAAAAAAGUAAAUUUCUUCCAUAUGCAGGUUGAGACAAGAUAAAGAAAAGAAAGAAAUGCUCAUGUAGUGGUUAUAACAACACAGCCACUACAGUUUAACAUUGUAAAUGGAGCACAGGCUUAAAAAACAAAACAAAGAUAGUUCAUGAGUUUACUCUGCCAACCAGAACAUGAAAUUGAAUUCGUUUUCAAACGAGAAACAAAUAUUGAUGCUUUUAUGAAUAUUUCUUCAUUCCUUUUGUUAAGCUGUGUGAAUAAGAACAAUGCCUAACAUGUAUUUUUGAAUAUUACGAUAUCAACGCACAUGCGACAAUAAAUAACAAAAGAGGGGAGGAGUUUAGGACAGGAAGGAAGUCUAUAAUUCUUAUGGGGCGAACAGAAAGCAGCACGAAAGGAGGUUGUAUUUUUGUAGAAAACUGCUCAAGUAGAGUGUCCAAGUUCUUAGUCAUAUACAUCCUGUAUAUUUUUGGUCAGCAGCAAAAUUAGCUGCUCCACUGCAAAACCAUGAUGGAUUCUGAACGAAUGAUGCUAGAUAUAUAUCUAAAUAUAAUAUACAGUCUCUCACAAAAGUGAGUACACCCCUCACAUUUUUGUAAAUAUUUGAUAAUAUCUUUUCAUGUGACCACUGAAGAAAUGACACUUUGCUACAAUGUAAAGUAGUGAGUGUACAGCUUGUAUAACAGUGUAAAUUUGCUGUCCCCUCAAAAUAACACAACACACAGCCAUUAAUGUCUAAACCGCUGGCAACAAAAGUGAGUACACCCCUAAGUAAAAAUGUCCAAAUUGGGCCCAAUUAGCCAUUUUCCCUGUCAUGUGACUCGUUAGUGUUACAAGGUCUCGGUUGUGAAUGGGGAGCAGGUGUGUUAAAUUUGGUGUCAUCUCUCUCACACUCCCUCAAACUGGUCACUGGAAGUUCAACAUGGCAAAGAACUCUCUGAUGAUCUGAAAAAAAAGAAUUGUUGCUCUACAUAAAGAUGGCCUAGGCUAUAAGAAGAUUGCAUAGACCCUGACACUGAGCUGCAGCACGGUGACCAAGACCAUACAGCGGUUUAACAGGACAGGUUCCACUCAGAACAGGCCUUGUCAUGGUCGAACAAAGCUGAGUGCACUUGCUCAGCAUCAUAUCCAGAGGUUGUCUUUGGGAAAUAGACAUAUGAGUGCUGCCAGCAUUGCUGCAGAGGUUGAAGGGGUGGGGGGGUCAGUCUGUCAGUGCUCAGACCAUACGCCGCACAUUGCAUCAAAUUGGUCUGCAUUGCUGUUGUCCCAGAAGGAAGCCUCUUCUAAAGAUGAUGCACAAGAAAGCCCGCAAACAGUUUGCUGAAAACAAGCAGACUAAGGACAUUGAUUACUGGAACCAUGUCCUGUGGUCUGAUGAGACCAAGAUAAACUUAUUUGGUUCAGAUGGUGUCAAGCGUGUGGGGCGGAAACCAGGUGAGGAGUACAAAGACAAGUGUGUCUUGCCUAGAGUCAAUGGUGGCCACACAAAAUAUUGACACUUUGGGUCCAAUUUGGACAUUUUCACUAAUGGUGUUCUCACUUUUGUUGCCAGAUUUGUUGUUAUUUUGCUGGGAUAGCAAAUGUACACUGUUAUAGAAGCUGUACAU